AGAGGCAGGUUCCUUUGUGCUAGGAUGGGCUGCAGCCUCUGGAGACGAUGGAGCUUGGUGCCAUGACCGAGGCGGGAGGCAAGACAUCAGGGAAAGAAAAUGAAGCAGAAAUCUUACACUGUUAGAACUUUUCAGCCAUCUUAUAAUGGUAUAUACCCUAUGAAGCACUGCCUUUUUCUCCAGCAUCAUGUCCCAAAAACAGCAGGAUCUGCUAGGACUGGGUCGGCUUGAAUACCUGCAAGCCCUAGUUACAGAAUUCCAAGUAACAGAAAGUUCUGAAGCCAAGGAGCAAGUGCUGGCUAAUCUAGCUAAUUUUGCUUAUGAUCCCAAGAACUAUGACUAUCUCCGGCAGCUCAAGGUCUUGGACCUGUUUCUGGAUAUGCUGACAGAAGAUAAUGACACUCUUGUGGAAUUUGCACUUGGUGGCCUUUGUAACUUAUGCUUGGACAAAGUCAACAAAGACUACAUCUUGGAGGCCGAUGGGGUAGCGGCUGUCAUCAACUGCCUGUCUUGCUCUAAUGAGGAGACCGUGGUGUCUGCGGUUACUACUCUGAUGUACCUGACCACCCCCCAGUCUCGCCAGCAGAUCACUGCUCUUCCUGUUGUGGAGUGCAUGCUGCGUUUCUCUCUCUCAGCCAACAGGAGGCUCUCCAACCUGGCCACUAUCUUCCUUGAGGACUACUGCAGUCCUCUGCAGGUAGAGGAGGCCAGGAACCUGACCAAGCACACAGCUUUAGGAAUUCCCCUGCCAAAGAAUUAAUGCUCCUAUGAGGCUGAGGCCUUUAUCAUUUUCUUCUGGCCCUGUAGAUACCAGUUCUGAGAGCUUUUACAGCAGGGGGUGUUCACCCAUUUGAGCUUCAAGGGCCAUACUCCCCACCCAACAGACACCCAGGGGCCACAUUCAUAGUUUCACUCUCCCUAAAUUACAGAUUCCCCCCCCCCCCGCCGCCCUUUUCUUUAUGCCCCUGAUGCCAUGGGGCAUGCCUGGUUGCAUUAUUAGACAGUACUGAUCAUAACUGAAUUGGCCCCUCCAUGCACAAGACAGGGAGAAAAGGUGAAGCUGGAUGGGAGAAAGAGAGGUGGGAAUGGGGUGAGGAGGAAAGCAGGUGAAUGCAGUGUUGGCUCCAGGGGCAAAACUCAGUCACUCAUAGCAGAGGUGGUGUUGCUACCUGUUCAGGUCACCUGCCUGCCAACCAGAGAGGGCACUUGAGGCAAGUGAGCAGGAGAAGCACCUGUAUGCUGUGGUGAUUUCAAGAGAGCAGGUGGGAAAUUGGGCAACAUUUUGCUGCAUCACUCAGCACAGCAAAAAACUGUUGCCUGUCUGGUGGCAGUGGAUAAGUUGAUAUUUUUGG